CUAAAAUAUCAUAUCAUAUUGUGAUGUGCUUGUCUUUGAGCUUGUAAGAAAUUAACUAGGACAUUUGUUAAAUAACACCUCAGGGCCAAAAAUCAUAACAUGACAAUAAUCGUCCAAUGAAGGAGUUAUCGAAGUGAAAACUUCUUUAGCGGCGCAUUUGUAUGAACAUAUAUCGUAAGAGAUUCAGUCACGCCACAUGGAAAUUAAAUUCAGUCGAGGUAGGCUUGAAGACGAAGAGAUAUCUUCAGUAUCAACUGAGAUACAUGCAACAAUUCUGCCUUCAUCGACCAAGGUAUUUCUGCAAUGAGUCUUUGACUGAAGAUUAUUAAAGACAGCAGCAAUCCUCCGGCAACGUCAAGGGCAUUGAAGAUAUGGGGAUAAUAGCAUUGCCCUAGAUUUAGUGACUCGUUCAUGGGACUUUGAAGCUCUUCACCCCAUCCCCUAUCUAGUUUCAAAAAGCCUCAUUUAUCUGGCUGCCAGAGAUGUGACUAUUAGCAAUCUUCGGUCAACGAAUGAAUGCAUAUUUUGAUGAGUGUAACAGGCAGCAAUGAUGGAAUUGAGCUGUUAUUGAGCUUACCUGAAAUAGUAAGGCAACUUGUUCUGCUGGUACAGGAUAAUUCAACAUCAGUCUGCAAAGAUGCGGCUCUUUCGUUGAUUAACAUAUCAGCUUAUGAUGGUGGAGCGAAUGCAUUACUGGUUAUAUCAGAGACAUCGAAGAUGAGACCAGAUGAAAAACCAAAUGAUAAUCUAGUACAUACUUGCCUUAGAUGCAUUUUGGAUAAGCAGAACGACUUGGCUGACCCAUGUUGCAUGAUUUUGUCUAAUUUAACGCGAGCGCAUUCUCUGACAGAAAGAAUUUUAGCGGUAGUUAAUAAUAGCGGUUAUGCAUGGAGCGCAAUAAUUGCCGCCUUUACGGCUCAGAAAUAUAACGAAAAGGGCGCCACCCUCCAUUACUUAGGCCCUGUUUUCAGCAAUCUUAGCCAAUCUAUUACCAUGCGAAGAUAUUUAUUGGACAAAGAACAUUGCGUCAUUCAAAGACUUCUUCCCUUCACAGAAUAUGUUGAAAGCACGGUAAGACGUGGCGGAAUUGUGGGCACAUUAAAAAACUGUUGUUUUGAUACGGAAUACCAUACAUGGUUAUUAGGCCCUAAAGUGGACAUUUUACCUCGACUUUUAUUGCCCCUUGCUGGUCCGGAAGAGUUCGACGACGAUGAUAAUGACAAACUUCCGAUAGAACUACAGUAUUUGCCUGAAAACAAAACUAGAGAUUCCGAUCCUGACAUCAGAACAAUGCUGUUGGAGGCUUUGGCUCAACUAUGCGCAACAAAGGAAGGCCGUGAAAUACUGAGGGAUAAGAAUGUAUACGUUAUCCUGAGAGAAUUUCACAAGUGGGAAAAAGACAGAGCAGUUCUAUUGGCGUGCGAAAACGUUGUGGAUAUAUUGCUCAAAAAAGAGGAAGAGAUCGGCUUGGACAAUUUGAGGGAAGUAAACAUACCUGAGGAGUACAAGGAAAAAUUCAAAAAAAUGGACGAAGAAUAUUUAAACGAUUCAUAGGAGAAAUUUUACUCUUCCGUGGUAAUCGUUGAGUUGAAACAUGAAUCGUGACACUUUGUUGUAAUACGUAAAUACGAAAACCUUAUCACUAAAAUUAUUCUACAAAUGAAUAGUUAAUUUUAGUGACCUGGGUUUACUCUAAAAUAUUGCACUUCCCCUUAAAUCAGUGAACUGGGUUUACUCUAAAACAUUGCACUUUCCCUUAAAUCUUUUAUAAUAUAAUAAAUCAUUUAGUUCAGUUUAAAAAAAAGUAAAAAUUCCAUCAAAAAUUGACAAAACUUUUAAAUAUAUAAUGUAAUCAAUGACACUGUUAUCCUGACACAUUUAAGUUUUUUUUUUAAACCAAAAUAAACCGUGACAAAGAAA